UGGCCACGACCAGUCGCCAGUCCGCAAGUGGCCGUUGUAUCCAACAUACGUUCACGACCGCUCAAAAAUAUACCGCGAAAUACUUACGAAUUGUGGUGCAUCAACUUUUUAUACUUUAGUGCUUCGGUGUUGUGUUUCAAACGUGUUAAUAAAUAAAAUAUUUAUUGUAUUGGCGAUACACAACCGGAUGUGAGAAGGUUAUCUACAUAAUCGGAAGAGGACAAAGAGUAGCCGGCCGCGGCAUGGGGUGGAGUUGCUGACAACUUUGCUGCACAGCAAAAUGAAAUAAACAUGGAAUCUCCAGUCAGAAUAUGUAUAGGAGCAGCUUUAGUAGUAAACUUACUACUGAUCACCAGCACAACUGUUAGUGCAAAUUCGUCGCCGAACGAAACGACGCCUACAGAGUUGAACAAUGACUGGAACCCGAGGUAUGGAAAAGUUAAUGGCACAUCAUGGGAUGAGAAAAACAAAUCAAAAUUACCGGACGAAGCGCUCAACGAGCUAAAUCCAAAUGAUUAUUCAAGUGAAGAAAAUUCAGAGAAAAAUGCUAAAUACAAGGACAGAGGAAGGGUCAAAUAUAAUUUGUCCAAAUCUACAACAGCUAGUCCUUUGAAAAGAGUAACUAAACCGACUGAUGUUGUUAUAGUGACACCAACUCCUGAAGUAAGAAAACCUGCGCAAAUAAUUGAUAGCAUGCGGAAUUUUAAGACAAAGAUACCUGCAGUAACUAUUGUAAGCAGCACUGAGCCAAUAAAGGCAGCAAUACACGACGACGAGUACGAUGAUGAAGAGGAAGAUUUAGACUCUUUUGAAAAAUUUACAUCAAGUAAAUUUGAUGAUAGCAGUUUUUUCACCAUUCCAAGCUUUGACGAUGAUGAUGACUAUAGUCAUAGUACUAGAAAAUAUAAACAUGGAUCCGACAGACAUAAUAAACAUGACUACAACACCCCGACAUUCAGUAGUUUCUCUGACUUCUUUCCUAAAAAUGUAUACAGUCUAAACCAAGAAGAAUCAUACAAUUCAGAAUCGUAUAUUGAUUUCGACUCUGAACUUACUACUCCUAAAAACAAGUUUUUUGAUAAUAAACAUCACCAAUUAUCGUCUAGUAUUGUAAAUAAGGUAGAUGCAGCAAGAGCUAAAAUGCCGUUAGCUAAUUUAACAAAUGUCGACGACAUGACAGAAACUAAGAGUUUUGAUAAAUUAAGUAAUAAUAGUUUACCUAGUAAUAAAUCAACUGUAUUUAUUAAAAAUACCAAAGAGAUACGUUUUAUGGAUAAUGAUAAGGAAGGGACUGCUAAUAAAGGGCAAUCUGAUGUGCACGGUACAAGUAUUUAUUAUGAAAUGACGGUUUUGUCUACUGAAACUUACACUAAUAUUGACAAAGAUAGUAAUGACGAUGAUUGCGAUGAGAAUGAGCCCUCUGCAACUACAGUUAGUACACCUUUAAGAGAAGAGCUGGCAUCGAUUAUGGCUGCAAAGCCGAAUUUAGAAAGUUCUACAAAACCUAGCGUUCCAGAUUCCGAACCAAGCCCUGUUUCUAUAUCUACAAGAUCAUCGAAGUUCUUCCCUAGUAGCACUCCCUUCACUGUAUAUACUUCAUUAGGCCCGAUGUCAUAUUCUACACAAAACAUAAUAUCUUCAACAGACACUGCUAAAUUAUUCUCUAGCAACUAUAAUAGAAACCGAAACUAUUCGAAACGACUCAAUUUAUCUGGUGCCAAAGAUUCUCCUAAUAGUGUUUUACCAACAUUGCAAACAUUGCAAGUAUCACCGAACCAAGCCUACAGGCCACAAACGAGACGUUUCCACUUUACUACACCUAAAACAAAGCCAAUAUGGAUGGCCCCUAGAAGAAACGCUACUAGAAGGAUUCCUUCUACAAUAUACUCGGAACAUUUUGAUAUUAAAGAUAAAAUAUCGUCUACUCAUAAACCAAAAUUGCCGAUUAGAAUUGUAUCAACAACUCAAUCAUCAGAACAAAUAGAUCCUAUAUCGUCUACCCAUAAACCAAAAUUACCGACUAGAACUAUAUUAACAACUCAAUCAUCAGAACAAAUAGAUCCUGUAUUGCAAAGUGAUGUAAGUAGUUCGCAAAAGACUGUUCAUUCACCAUCUAUAUCUGAUAAUACUAUACCAUCGUUAUGGAAAAGAGGAUCUGUAAAGUUUGGAACGUCUACCGCCAACUCUGCUGAAAAGAGUACUGGAAGUGGAAUUAGUGAUUUGGAGAUUCCGCCAACGUUAACAGCUUGGGCAUUGGCCAGCAUGAGAAGUCCUCCAUCAUCGUCAAAUGCUGUGGUAAAUGCUACAGUAUCAACACAAAAAAGCGUAGAUGAAAACGAGUUGCAGAAAGUUGGAGAAGUUGUAGACAAGUCAAAAGAACCUAUCACGAGUUCAACAAUCCCAGCUUCUACUACAGCUGCAAAUAGUGAUUUUCUAACCAAAAAUAUAACAGAAAUCUAUCAAAAUCGAUUACCAUGGAAGCCGAUAUCUCCUACAGUACCAGCCUCUGUGGAAACUAAUGGAAAACCUAGUGAAACUAAUUCAGAAAGAGUUCCUGCUGAAAGUAAUAUUUCUAUCCAAAGUAGUCAAGAACCACCUAGUACGGAGCCAAUAAAAACCAAAUCAUCAGAUAGUGCUACAGAAAGCUUUAAAACUCCAUCCUGGAUUCCUGUUACGAAUGCUCACAAUCAGGUAACUGUAAACGAAAUCAAAGAAUCUUCAGAUGUAAAAGUCAUUCUACCGGUUGAUACAACUAAGUCAACUGGCUUCGAAUCUAUAACAAAACUACCUGCAGAAAUAACUACGCCUACAGACGAAACAGUAGCUACCUCAGAAGAGAAGAAGGAGACGACGACUGAUUAUGAAAUUACUACAAUCAGAUUUACAUAUGUUCCGACUGAAAAAUCUAUUGUGGAGACUACAGCUGAAGACAAUACAGAAUGGCAUCCUGUUUUCCCUACACGGACACAUGCUACAACCGAGGAAGAAAACCCGAUAACUACAUACCGACCAAAAUAUGUGACCACAACUGAAAUGUUUGAACAAACAACUUCUGCAAAUAUUGAGAGCACACCUCAAACAGAUGUGUCCUCGCAAGAUAUAAAAAAUUCUUCCCAGAAGGAAAGCCUUGCAACUGCUAUUAUUCCAUUAAUAACAACAACGUAUGCUCCAACAACACCAACCAUAACCACUUCCCCAGUGACUACAACAAAAGCAGAGCCUACCACAACAGAGCUAGUUGAGGCAACUUCGGAACCUACUACUGAACCUACAAUUGAUAUAGUCACCUCAGUCACUAAUACUACAGAAACCUACAGGCAGACUACUACAGAACUCGACACCACUACACCUGUAGAAACAACAACAAUAAUAGUCUCUGUAGCCACAGAAAUAAACUCAGAAAGAGUUCCAGUUACCACACCAGUUCCAGAUGUAACAGAAACAGUUGAAAUGGAAACUAGUAAAUCAUCAGAAGAAAGCAGUAACAGCAACGAGGUUGUAGUAGAAGAAACGACCGAAGUUCCCCCAACUACCACUGACGGCAUCACUAAAAUCGAAAGAGUAGUAACUACGAUAGAAGUCAGGUAUCGUACGACGUCGGCUCGAACGACUACUGAAGUGGAAACAACGACUUACAAAGACGCCGAAAACGAAACGACGACGGUAGAAGUCACGACUACAGAAGACACGACAGAUGAAACCACCAAAUCUGUGAACGAGUUGGAGGAUUUGACGAGUUAUGCUGAAGAUGUGACUACGGAAGCGUCGUCGAGGGUUCUGGAACAAGAGGCUGGGACUGGUGCUGCCAUUGCGAUCGCUGUCAGUACUAUCGGUGUGAUUGCUCUCGUACUACUUGUUGGAUUAUUGUUGGUAGUGCGUCGUCGCGGUCGUCGUGGCGUAUACGCGCAACGCUGCACGCCGGUGUCGCUCGACGCGUACAGCCUGGACAGCGUCAGCGUGGGGCACAGGAAGGGCAACCAUCGCCUGCGAGCCAGCAAGAGGAGCUACGGCAACCCCGCUUACGAUGACGAGGUCACCUCCCACCCAAUGCAGUACCCGGCGCUGGCAAACUUCGCGUUAGACAUAGACUCAAUAACAGCAGAGUUCUCCGAAAUACCCUCAGUGACUGUUCGCCCGGAUGAGGUUCCCCCCGGUUGUGAGGAUAAGAACAGGUACUCCAAUGUUCUGCCGCUGCCUGAGACCAGAGUGCCGUUGAGGAGGAUUGGCAACGACCCUACUACGGAGUAUAUUAAUGCCAACUAUGUCACGGGUCCUGGCAACAUUCGCAACUACUACAUAGCGUGCCAGGCGCCUCUGCACAACACGGUCGUGGACUUCUGGCGUAUGGUCUGGGAGCAGAACUCGCGAGUCAUAGUCAUGCUCACUGAGUACAUGGAGAACGGAGUUGAGAAAUGCUACGAAUACCUCCCCCCAUCUGAAGUAUCGGACAAUAGAAGAACGUUUGGGGAGUUCCAAAUAAUACUCAAGAAGCGGGAACAAAGGGACAAGUACGCGAUCUCCAGCGUCCAGCUCAUAAACCUGGUGACCAGGACUUGGAGAGAGGUCACUCAGCUCUGGUACUUCUGGCCUGCGAAGGGAGUGCCUGAUGAUUAUGACUCCAUCAUUGAUUUCCUGUCAGAAAUGAGGAGUUAUAUGAAGGUCUCUCAAACCGCUAAGGAGUAUGACGAAGAAGGUGUAGAAGUAAUUUACCAAGACCAAAGCCGCUCUUCCUACCACAACCUGUCCAAGUUACGCAGUGAUGAGAACGGCUCCAGCAAUGGUCUGAACGUAUACUCUCCUGCCAAGGCUGAGGAGAUGAUGAGGAAGGGUAACACCACCAAUGGGACUCUGGGCAGGAUGAAAGCGGCGUCGGAGGUUGAAGGUGUUCGUCCUUGCGUGAUGGUUUGUGCGUCAGGAGCGGGUAGAUCCGCAGCCAUGAUAGCAGCAGACCUAUGCGCGCGGGCUCUCUCGUCAGGCCAGGCGGACGUGCCACGGAUUGUCCGAAGGUUGCGGGACCAGAGACCGCACUCGCUCUCUAAUAGACACCACUACAUAUUCCUCUAUAAGCUGUUAAGUGAAUACGGCAAUAGAUUGAUGGGUGGAGGAGUGGACACAAUAUGAAACGCUGAAAAUUAAGAUUCAAGUUAUAAUUAACAAGAAAAUCUGUUUGUAGAUCUAACACAUGCAUAAGCUUUUAGACAAUCUUAAUUUGGACUAACAUUUUCGUGUAUAAACUGAAAUAGAUUUAACAUUUUGAUUUUGUCAAGAAUAAGUUUUUCAAAUAAAAUCAUUUAUUUCUAAAAUAUGAUAACGCGAUAAAUAUGUACAUUUUUGAAAGUCAAAUAGGUGAAUAGGUGAUGUAGGUAAUAAUUUAACGUUAGUUAAAAGCUAAAUCAGCGAGGGUACCAAAUGCGCCCUGGUCUGAAAAGAAGCAUACAAUGAAUUUAGCUUGGUGUUUUUUUUUCCUAUCACAAAAUCACCUAUCAAAGAUGUUAGAGCAACUCAUUCCCAAGCCAUCUUGUCUUUAAGAAUAUAAGUUUAUAACUUAACAUUGUGAUUGGUAUUUAAUAUUUUAAUAAGGCGUUUUCGUGUUAUGAAAAUAAUUGUUUGAGACAUUUUUGUUCUUAAAUUGUCUAUGCAUGUGUUUAGUCUAUGUAUUGGACUAUACCAAAGUAUGUAUUGAAAGAUCUCUGUUUUUCGCUCAGGAUUUAAUAAAAAUUCUCAUUAAAAUGGUAGCUGAAAAUUUUGAUAAAUACUUUAUUAUACGUAACGUUAGUUUAUUUUAGGCUUUUAGUUAAAAUUAGUGUAGUAUUUUGUAUAUAAAAAGUAUAAUUAAGUUUGCUAUCGAACAAUUUUAGUUAUAUUUACUAAGACAUGUUAAAACAUAAUAUGGGGUGCUUGUAAUCACUGACUUAACGGUUUGAAUGUUUGCCUCGCAAUCAAGAAGUUCGAUUCCCGGCUAGGUAAAACCGUGAUAAACUGUCAAAAACCAGUGAAAAUGUUUUUAAAAAGGAAGAAAAUAAUAUAGUUAAGUAUUAUAAUGAUUCCACUAGUCUUAAGAUUUCGAUUAUUUUACCAAAUAUCAGUUCUGACAAUGUUACCCUUAGCAUUUUCGAUACUCUUACAAUCGAAUAUUAAAAAAAACUAAAAUAACGAUUUUAGUUAAAAUAAUUUCUAGUAUUUACCAAGAUCUGCUGUGAUGCUACUAACAUAUUUUCUAAGAUUGUAUAUUGUUUUUUAACCUUAACUAAGUUUUUAUAGUGCGAGUUUAAAAUAUUAGACCUUUUAAAAAUGGUGACAUUUAAGGUCGCUUUUAUAAAAUUUCCAAAAUGUUUACUUUUGAAAAGUUAUCGUCCGUAUCUUUUAAUAACAAAAUCAUUAAAUAUAUUGUAUUCAAUAUUAUUUUUUGCAAUUUAAAGUUGGUACCUACCACAGUAUACUUUUAUUUAAAAAAAAAAACUUUGCGUGCUCUAUAUCACUUGUUAUUUUUUGCAUAUCGAAUUAUUUUAAUUGUUAUUUUUAAGUUACAUAUUAUGUUAGUUAUGUUACAUAAUAUCUUAUUGUUGUAUAGAAUAAAAAUAUAAUUUUAAUGACACGUUUUGUAUUAAUAAUUAAGUAAAUAAAAGCAUUUAUUUAUGAUAUACUAUAUUAUUAAAGAGCCCAAGUACACUGUCACAAAAUGUGUUUGGAUACCUACGCGUAUCUUAGACACAUUUUUCCCAGUUUUAGGCAAAUUUCAUUUUAAUAAUCAUUUUUUUAGGGUUCCGUACACGUCGAAAAAAGCUCCAAAUCGGAAAAAGCUUUCAUUAAAUUUUAAAGUGUCCAUACCUAAUUUCACAAUCAUGAAUCAACGAAAUAAAAAUAACAAUUUUGUAACAGUGUGCUUCGGCCUAACGAUAUAAAUGCACUCAUCUACUUUUGCUAUAUAGUGUUAAAAGAUCAUGCUGUUAUAUAAAAAUAUUUUACAAGAGCUUUUAAUAUAAAUAAAAUAUUCUUAUUAUAUUGUUUACCAAAAAAAAAUAUUGUAACGAAUUUUCGUUAAUGCCCUACGAUUAGUUUUAAGCUGAAACGCAUAAUAAAUUUUAUUUAAAAAUA